AUGAAGGCCCUACAGGACUUUGACCACCUGGAACGAGAUGGUAACGAACGAGGUCAUCCCCCGGUUAGAAAUAUAAAGGACGACGUCACUCCAAUACUUCCUGCUGAUGUCGUCCGUCCAAAACCAUUGACGCUUUCCCCGGACAAUACCUCCCUUUCGUCCCAGCAAGGAAAGAAUCCCCAUAAGUCUCCAUCAUCGCCGGAAUUUACGCCUCAGAGGUCACCGCUACAAAGCCACUCGCCUGCGUCUUUGAUCUUUGAGCGCAAUGUGCAAGAAGAUAUCUUGUUGCCUCAAGCCUCUCCGUCAAUUCCUUCACACAUUAGAACAGAAAACUAUAUUCCGCCAGUUUUGGAGGCUUCCUCUGCAGCGAUUACCGAUAGCCAACUUGACCCUGACUCCGUGGAAAUUGUUACUCAUAGUAUACAUCACCCUGCAGCGAGCAGUGUCGUCCCAGGUGAGCACUCGUUGCAAUCGUCCUGGUCCGAAAGUGGAGGAGAUAUGAACGAUUCCGAAGAACUUUCAUCCAGCAACAGGGGGUCAGAUAUGGCUGAUGUUCGACGGUUGAGCUUCAUUUCAUUUGCCGAUGUCGUAAAUGCCGAAAAUGCAGAAACAAGUGAAUAUUCAUUUGGCCAUGAUUCUGCGCAAGGAAGCCCAACUCUUGCCAAUCCAUCUGGAAUGGUGUAUCAGAACAUCUCUCUGUCGCCCUUGCAUUCGCCAAUAUCUUCUCAUGGAUUCGGAACUUCUCCACCAACUAGCAUAUCUGCAUCUUUCAAGGGCCUAGAACUCUCCCCGAAUCGUGGAGCACGCGGUACUGAAAGUCCGCUUUUAACUGUCCAGAGACCGGUCUCUCCUAGCCUCACUGGUGAGCUGAAUAUAGAGACCAUGAGACAGGCACUUCGACGAACUGGCAGUAGAGACCUAGUAGUUUCUAGGAGUCAGGUUACGAGUAUGACAGGUAACAAUGACUGA